CCACCUCUUGGGCGACGCGGCGCGAGAUAAGGAGCGGCGUCGCGCGGAGGGCGUGCUGGACGACGCCUUCGGGCCCGUGAAGCGCGACGCGGUGGCGGCCGCCGCGGCGUCGGCGCUGCUGCCUGGCUCGGGCCCGCACGUGACGCGCUGCGUGCAGGACGAGGAGGCGCGCGCCAGGGAGCUGCUGACGCGGAUGCAGGUGGAGCUGGAGUCCUGCUACGAGCUGGGCGGUGCCGCAGGCGACGACGCGGAGGAGCACGGGGACGCGGAGGAGGACGAGGAGGUGCGUCGCGAGGCGCAGGAGUUCCUGUCGCUGGCGCUGGCCGUGAUGCGCGCGGUGCCGCUGAUCGGCGCCCCGGAAGUGGCGGAGCUGGCCGGCGCCGCGCCGCACGGCGCCACCUUCCAGCACCACGCGGAGAUGCUGGCGCGGCGCGCGCGGCGAAGGCGCGGCCGCGUGCAGCGCUGCGUCGACCUGCGCCUGGAGGACGCGUACGCGCGCGCCGACGCCGCCCGCGAGGCGCUCGCCGCCUGCCUGCUGCUGCUGGGGCGCCCGCCGCCCGACGCCGACCCCCAUGACGAGCUUUGA